AUGUGUGUAUGUAGACGUAUUGGGGGUCUUUUUGUUGAAAAUUCAACAUUUUAUUUUAUUUCAUAUCAAAAGAACGAAAUGAACUAAAUGGCUCAAAAAAAGAUUCGUUCAUUUUAAUGAACGAGAUUUAAAGAGCCGAGUCACUAAAAUGAUUCAAACUUCCCAUCGCUAGUACAAAAUAUCGCGAGACUUAUCGCGGCUUUGAUCUCGCGAGAUCUACCGCUGUGUGAUUCUGUAUCCUAGCAACCGAAAGCUCGGGCAUGGCGGACGAUAAAGCCUCUGCAGGGGCUGUAGUGUCAGAACUGCACAGGAGAAUCAGCUCUGCAUUCGAUGUGUUUGAUCACGAAUCGAAUCACACUGUGGACGUCAGAGAGAUUGGCACUAUAAUUCGUUCGCUCGGCUGUUUCCCCACAGAGGCAGAGCUACAUGACAUCAUUGCUGAGGUAGAAGAAGAGGAGGCAAGUGGAUUUAUCCGCUUUGAGAAAUUUCUCCCUGUCAUGACCAAAAUAUUAAUGGACAACAAGUUUCGUCCCAUUCCUGAAGAUUUACUGCUGCAGGCAUUUGAGGUGUUGGACCAGCAGAAGAACGGAUAUCUGGAACCAAAGGAACUCGUGAAGUAUCUUACACAAGAAGGAGAACCCUUCUCUCAGGAGGAAAUGGAUGAAAUGCUCUCAGCUGCACUCGAUCCUGAUAAACGGCGUAUCUUCUACAGAGACUUUGUAAGCAUGUUGACCCUCGAUGACCCGCAGUAACUGGAGUCACAACAGAGACGGUGUUCUCCACAUUAACUUACACUAUGUUGCGUUUAUAACUCAGUUUUUCAGACAUAAAUGUCGUUUCUGUUGUUGAAUUAGACUUCUACUCAGUUUUAUUUCUGCUUCAUUUAUAAGUGAUGUCAUUAUUAAUGUGCCAUUAAUCACACAUACACAAACACACACACACACAACUAUUUUUUCCUGUCUGAUGUUUAUUAAAAAACUCAAAACUGUAUUUAAUCAGUGAUUUUAUUUUGACUUCUGAUAAAAAGCCGAGGUGCACUUAAACACUGUGUAGUGCACUUAAACACUGGUGUACUAGAUUAAUCUGCUUUAUGUCCUUUUGUUCUUAAGUAAAAUUGCAAUUCUUUAUAAUAUGUUAAAAUUAGUUUAGGGCAUUGAAAUUCAGUUUUUUUUUAUUUAUUUUUUUGCUGAAGCUGUAUCCUUGUAGAAAUUAAUUAAUAUACUAUACUAUGUCACAAGUUGAAGCUAGAGCUAAAAAAGCAAUGCAAUAAAAUGUAAUGAUCA